UUUUGUUCAGUUUAUCUUUGGACGUUUUGUGAAAUAAAAUCAAGUCAAGAAAUAUUUUUUAAAAAAUGUCAAAGAACCUUCUUCUAGCUUCAAUCCUUGUUUUUGGAAUAUCUCAAGUAAUGUGUACAGUGUGUUAUGACUGUGUAUCAUUGCUUAACCCAGCUUGUGAAGAUCCAGUAAAUACGGAUUACAUCACAAAAACUGACUGUGGAAGUGAUACAAAAUGUUUGAAAGCAAUUGCGGAAGCAUUUCUUGGUGGAGAAUCGGUAACUGCAACCAUUAGAACUUGUGCUGCUAAUUUUGUUACAUGUGAUGUUCCUCCAGAGGCACUACCUCCAGGAACUAAAAUACAUCAUUGUUCUUUUUGCAAUAAUGACUUAUGCAACAGUUCUCCGCAACUAUCAGCCGGGCUCUUUUCUAUUCUUCCACUUAUCGGUGCAUUUCUUAUCGCCAAGAUAGCGCUGUGAAAAAGCUGCGAAAAUGAUUCAUUGCUCUUUAAACAUUAAUGUUGCAUCAUAAAAUGCAAAUACUACGCAGCAAUAAAUUUUGUUUUAUUAA